AUGGGUGAACGGUUUUUCCCUUUUUCUUUCACGGUGGAAUACUUUUCUUUUCUUUUUGUCUUCGUGAACGAUAUUUCCCUUCUUUUUUUUCUCCGUGGACCCCUUUUCUCUUCUUUUUUUUUUUUGGUGGACCCCUUUACCCUUCUUUUUUUCUUGAUGGAAACCUUUUCCAUUCUUUUUUUCUUGAUGGACCGCUUUUGCCUUCUUUUUUUUCUUAAUGAACCCCUUUUCCAUUCUUUUCUUCUUGGUGGAAAACGUUUCCCUUCUUUUUUUCUUGAUGAAACCCUUUUGCCUUCUUUUUUUCUUGGUGGACACCUUUUCCCUACUUUUUUUUCCUGGUGGACCCCUUUUCUCUUCUUUUUUUCUUGGUAUCUCCAUUUCCCUUCUUUUUUUCUUGGUGAACCCCUUUUCCCUUCUUUUUUUUUUUUUGACCCUUUUCCAUUCGUUUAUUUCAUGGUGGCCACCUUUUCCCAUCUUUUUUUCUUGGUGAGACCCUUUUCCAUUCGUUUAUUUCAUGGUGGCCACCUUUUUCCUUCUUUUUUUCUUGGUGGAUCAAUUUUCACAUCUUUUUUUCUUGGUGGACCAGUUUUCCCUUUUUUGUGGUGGACCCCUUUUCCCUUCUUUUUUUCUUUGUGGGCCGUUUUUAUCUUCUUUUUUCUUUAUGGACCGCUUUUCCCUUCCUUUUUUUUCGUGGUGGACCCCUUUUCCCGUCGUUUUUUCUUUGUGGACCCCUUUUCUCUUCUAUUUUUUUUGGCAUCUCCAUUUCCCUUCUUUUUUUCUUUGUGGACCCCUUUUCAUUUCUUUUUUUUUUUUUUGCCUCAUUUCCCUUUUUUUUUCUUAGAGAGCCCUUUUUCCAUUCGUUUUUUUUCAUGUUGGCCCCCUUUUCCCUUCUUUUUACUUGGUGGACCCCUUUUCUCUUCUUUUUUUCUUGGUGAAACCUUUUUCCCAUCUUUUUUUCUUGGUGAAACCUUUUUUCAUCUUUUUUUCUUGGUGGACCUCUUUUCGCAUCUUUUUUUCUUGGUGGACCGCUUUUCUUUUCUUUUUUUCAUGGUGGACCGCUCUUCCAUUUUUUUUUUUUCGUUAUGGACCUCUUUUCCCAUCUUUUCCUCUUGGUGGACCGCUUUUCCCUUUUUUUCGUUUUGGGCCCCUUUUCCCUUCUUUUUUUCUUUCUGGGCCGCUUUUCCUUUCUUUUUUUCGUGGUGGAAGCCUUCUCCCUUCUUUUUUUCUUGGUAG